AUGAACCGAACAUUUGGCAUGCUGUUGACUGUUUAACCCCAACAUGGGCUGGGAAUUUCUUCCGAGUCGAAAAUCGGACGAGCUUCCAUUUUGCCAAAGAAGAAUAGAACUAUCUCCCCGGCCGAUUCGUUUGCCCUUGCAUUUCUGUGAGCAGAGGGUUAGAUUUCCCCAACCACCAUGGCUGAAAGCUCAUCUUCCUUACGGGGCGAUGGCAAUGAAGCUGGUGGUUUCGAAUGCAACAUAUGCAUCGAUUUAGCUCGAGAUCCUGUCAUCACUCUCUGCGGGCAUCUCUACUGCUGGCCAUGCCUUUACACGUGGCUGCGUGGCCAUUCAUGGGCCCACGAAUGCCCUGUCUGCAAGGCUGUAGUAGCAGAGGACAAGGUUGUUCCUCUAUACGGCCGAGGGAAACCUCGGGUCGAUCCAAGAUCAAAGCCUAUUCCCGGUGUGGAAAUCCCGAAUCGACCUGCAGGGCAGAGGCCUGAGCCAGCUCGGCCUGUGGAAGACACUAACUUAGCUAAUGUUCUUCUAGGACUCAUGGGAGGAUUCUUGCCGUUGGCGUCUGCAACAUUCGCUAACGUUGGAACGUCUGCGGGAUUCGGCGGUGUGUUCACCCCUUUCUUCAAUGUACAGCUCCAUGGUUUUUCGAAUCCGGUCAAUUAUGGCGGAUUGGGCUAUCAUACUGGAUAUGGUCAUCCAUCUCGUAACCGAGAGGGCAGGCGAGCUUCGGCCGACGACAGAAACUUGACAAAGAUCCUCCUUAUCAUCAUCGUUUUAGUGAUUUUGACAUUUCUGACAAUGUGAAGGAUUUGUAUAUGCUCCUGAACUGUAUAUGAUUGUGUAGGGAAUUGUUAGAUUUGAAAUCUUUGGAUUUAAUUUCAUGUUACUCUCUGUAUUCUUUGGGAAUGAGCAGAUUAGUUGCAGUUAUAUUUACCUUUCUUGGAUUCAUGGUUUGUGGUUUGACUUAAUUAUGUGUUUGUUU